AUGAUGUUGUCACUCCUGGUCGCCGGCCUCGCGGCCCUCGCCCAGGCCACCCGCGACGCCCCCGUCGUCCACAACAAUGCCAGGGCCAUCUACGAAGCUGUCCUCCCAAGCCAACCUUUCCAUCGCGGCAACCUACACGGCAACAUUCGCGGGUCUGUUCAAGCCUCGCCCGGCCCCGACGGCGUCGGCGUCCUGUAUCGCGUCGAAUUCCAAAACCUCCCCGAGGAAGGCGGGCCAUUCCUCUAUCACAUCCACGUCAAUCCUGUCCCCUCGGACGGCAACUGCACCAAGACACUCGCCCAUCUUGACCCGUACAAACGAGGCGAGACUCCCCCUUGCAACGCCAGUGCGCCCCAGACUUGCCAGGUUGGCGACCUCAGCGGCAAGUACGGCGAGGUCAAGAACGAUCCCUUCGUGGACGAGUACUUGGAUCCGUACUCGUCGCUGGACGAAGGCACCGAGGCUUUCAUGGGCAACAGGUCCAUCGUUGUGCAUUUCGCAAACAAGACGAGAAUCACUUGUGCCAAUUUGGAGAGGAUCCCCGGGUGUUCUCCUUAG